AUCAAAACGUUCCAUUGGCGGGACGUGAUGGACUUGCGCGCCGCUUGUCAGUCUAAGGAUUAUAUUGUCAUGAUCAGAAGUUUAAGGAUAGAUUUGCAUUUCGGGCACAAGUUGGGGGAGCGACAUGGUAAUUUUCGUUUCCUCGUGCUAUCUCCCUGCGCAAGCGAAGAGCUCGUCAAAAAUGGCGGAAACAGGAACGAGGAAGAGAAAAAUGGGAGAAAGAAGCGGAAGAAGAAAAGCUUCCGCUCCUGCCUCAGCUCCAGCCCUAACGAAGUGGCCUCCCGUCAAGCCCAAGCCGAACCUUCAAAUCAAUCGCCUCAAGGAGACCGAUCUCUUCACCAUAUUCAGGUGCCGAAUUACUUCACAUCGGCCGAAUCUCAGACAUUUGUAAAAGUCGCUGAGUCCAUCGGUUUCACUCACCAAGGGAGCCUGGGUCCUCUUAAAGGCGAAGCUUAUCGGGACAAUGAUAGGGUUUCUGUAAAUGAUCCUGCACUUGCAAAUACAAUAUGGGAAUCUGGACUCAACACACUGUUCUCUAAUAUCAAGAUAAGAGGGAAGGUUGCAGUUGGGUUGAAUCCGAAUAUUCGAUUCUAUAGGUAUAAGGUCGGUCAGAGGUUUGGGCGGCAUAUUGAUGAAAGCGUUGAUCUCGGCGAAGGAAGGCGGACCCACUAUACGCUAUUGAUAUACUUAAGCGGGGGACCGAAACUGAAAAAUAGUUCAAAGGAUAUGGCUUCUGAUGUUCUAGUUGGAGGGGAAACUGUCUUCUAUAAUUCAUGGAAUAAUGUUGUGGCUGAGGUGGCUCCAACUGAAGGAAUGGCUCUCGUCCACAUUCAUGGAGACAAGUGUAUGCUGCACGAAGCUCGGAACGUUACCAAGGGUGUCAAGUAUGUGUUCCGAUCUGAUGUAGUCUUUGCUUGAUCGCAUAAGUUGUUUCUGAUCUUAUAGUACGGAUACUAUCAUCUCUCAAGAUUAGUCAACAGCCAUCAUCUCUCAAGAUUAGUCAACAGCCAUCAUCUCUCACUUGACAAUUCCUACUUGAUUUGGUGCAAUAUAUCGUUUAUGUUUAGUGGCUC